GCCCGCGAGCCCCAGCGGGGGCGCCCCGCGGCCUCAUGGGGGUGCAGGGGCUCUGGAAGCUGCUGGAGUGCUCGGGGCGGCCGGUGAACCCCGAGACGCUGGAGGGCAAGGUCCUGGCCGUGGAUAUUAGCAUCUGGUUAAACCAGGCUCUUAAAGGAGUUCGGGACCGUCACGGCAACUCCAUAGAAAAUGCCCAUCUUCUCACUUUGUUUCAUCGGCUCUGCAAGCUCCUAUUUUUUCGAAUUCGUCCUAUUUUUGUCUUUGAUGGGGACGCUCCGCUAUUGAAGAAGCAGACUUUGGCCAAAAGAAGGCAGAGAAAGGAUUUGGCCACCAGUGACUCCAAAAAAACUACAGAGAAGCUUCUGAAAACAUUCUUGAAAAGACAAGCUCUCAAAACUGCCUUAAGAAGCAAAAGAGAUGACGAGCUACCUAGUCUAACCCAGGUUCGGAGAGAAGAUGACAUCUACGCUUUGCCGCCUUUACCGCAGGAAGAAAAACACAGCUCGGAAGAGGAGGAUGAACAGGAAUGGCAAGAAAGAAUGAGCCAAAAGCAGGCCUUACAGGAACAGUUCUUCCAUGACCCUCAUGCCAUAGACAUUGAGUCUGAAGACUUCGGCAGCCUGCCCCCUGAGGUCAAGCACGAAAUCCUGACGGAUAUGAAAGAAUUUACCAAGCGAAGAAGGACGUUGUUUGAGGCGAUGCCAGAGGAGUCCAAUGACUUUUCACAGUACCAGCUCAAAGGCUUGCUUAAAAAAAACUAUCUAAACCAACACAUAGAAAAUGUGCAGAAGGAAAUGAACCAGCAGCACUCAGGGCAAAUCCAGAGGCAGUAUGAAGAGGAAGGAGGCUUUCUGAAGGAGGUGGAGUCCAGGAGAGUGGUCUCUGAAGACACUUCGCAUUACAUCUUGAUAAAAGGGAUUCAAGCCAAGAAAGUGGCAGACGUGGAUUCAGGGUCUCUUCCGUCGUCCAGCAAAAUGCAGAGCACAGCUGUUGACGUGAAGCCAGCUCCAUGCGAGCAGCCGAAGCCAGAGAAGGAACUUGGCGCCCCUCCUUCCCCAAGAAGCUUGCUGGCCAUGCAGGCGGCCAUGAUGGGGAGCAGCUCGGAGGAGGAGGGGGGGCAGGAGCCUGGAAGGUGGCUCCAGGCGCAGACCGUGCCUGCUCCCCGCGAGGAGGGCGCCAUAUCCCCUCCCACUCUCCGGGCCAUUCAGAAAGCUCUCGAUGAUGACGAAGAUGAAGACAGAAAAGUGGAUGCCGGGAAUGAAGCCCAGGUGGGAGGGGCAGGAGUCCCAGACCUGCUUCUGGUCAGUUCUGAUGAGGAGCCUGACGGAGGACUUCAAGCCAGAGAUGGGACAGGGCUGCUAUGGACACCUGCUCCGCCGUCACCCCGUGUGGACGUGGUCGAGGGGCGUGUGCCCAGCACUGAUAAUGACAGAGAAUUGGCAGGGGUGACACCUUUACCAAGUGCCACCUUUUGUCAAGGCGCUGACUCUGGCAAUCCAGAAGAACAGUCGUUGGUCGUUGCCAUGGUGAGCGAGGCCCUCCAGACUAGGGGCGAGCCUGCCGUUAGGGAUGGAGGAGACCCUGUCCCCUUAGACAGCUCCAUGCCAAUGCCUGGGCGUGCCCCCAGACCCCCGAGUGCUGGGGAGCCGACAGCUGCUCCUCUGGCCAGCGCGGCUCCCGUCGCAGAUAGUGAAGCACACACCCCCGUGCUGGGGCGGCCGCAGGGGCUCCGUCCAGCCCCGAGUAAAGGGGACUCCUCUGCCCCUUCAAGUGACGAGGACAUGGAGGAGGGGAAAGAUCCUGCUUCUGACGUCCUGGACGCAGAGUGUCUGCAAGAAAUGGGGGCCAUGCUGGGUGGCCCUUCGGAGGCACUGAGCGAGCUGGAAAAUGGAGGGUCGCUCAGUGAGCGUUCCCUGGAAGCCGUCCAAGAAGGGGCGCUGGAACCUGCAGGCCAGGAUCUCGUGCCAGGGCCUGAGCCUGUGAGCACCGUGGACAUCGUCUCUGAGGAAAGUGACUCUGAUGGAAGUUUCAUCGAAGUGCAGAGUGUAAUUAGUAACGAUGAACUUCAAGCUGAAUUACACGAAGCUGCUAAAUCUCCCUCUGGACAAGGUGAGGAGGAACCCAAAGGAACUAAGGAAGAAGCCCCUGGGGACUCCGCGGGGCUUCUGAGGGACGUCUCUGGAAGCCAGGCCUUGGAUCUGGAGCCAUGUGAAGAAGCUGAAAAAGAUGCAGACGAUUCGCUUAAUGAAUGGCAAGAUAUUAAUUUGGAGGAGCUAGAAAUGCUGGAGAAUGACCUUUUAGCACAACAGGCAUCACUGAAUGCUCAAAAGCAGCAGCAAGAACGGGUUGCAGCCACUGUGACGGGACAGAUGUUUCUGGAAAGCCAGGAGCUGCUCCGCCUGUUUGGCAUUCCCUACGUCGAGGCCCCCAUGGAAGCCGAGGCCCAGUGCGCCAUCCUGGAUCUGACGGACCAGACUUCCGGAACAAUCACUGAUGACAGUGAUAUUUGGCUGUUUGGAGCACGGCAUGUUUAUAAAAACUUCUUUAACAAAAACAAGUUUGUAGAAUAUUACCAGUAUGUGGACUUUCACAACCAAUUAGGACUGGACCGGAACAAAUUAAUAAACUUGGCCUACCUGCUGGGAAGUGACUACACGGAGGGGAUCCCGACCGUCGGGUGUGUCACCGCCAUGGAGAUCCUCAACGAGUUCCCUGGACACGGCCUGGAGCCUCUGCUCAAGUUCUCAGAGUGGUGGCACGAAGCGCAACAACACAAGAAGAUAAGACCCAAUCCUUACGACACCAAAGUGAAGAAGAAGCUGCGCAGGCUACAGCUGGCGCCCGGCUUUCCCAACCCCGCGGUGGCCGACGCCUACCUCAGGCCGGUGGUGGACGACUCCCGGGGCUCCUUUCUGUGGGGGAAGCCCGAUCUGCACAGAAUUAGAGAAUUUUGUCAGCGGUACUUUGGCUGGAACAAGACAAAGACAGAUGAGUUUCUGUUUCCAGUGUUAAAGCAACUCAAUGUCCAGCAGACACAGCUCCGAAUUGAUUCCUUCUUUAGAUUAGCACAACAGGAGAAGCAAGAUGGGAAGGGCAUCAAGAGCCAGAGGCUCAGCAGAGCCGUGACAUGUAUGCUGAGGAAGGAGCGAGAGGAAACGGCCCGGGAGCUGGAGGCCGCGUCGGUUGCCAUGGAGAAAGAGAGCGAGGCCCUCGGGAGGGCCGGGGGCGCGCCCUGGGAGGGAAGCUCGGCGAAUCCACGCGAAGAGCCGUCGGGCCUGAAAAGAAAGAGACUUCGGGGUUCCGAAGGCGGGCGGCCGGGCGGGGGCUUCCUGGGGGCCGCCUACCUGUCGCAGUCUUCGUCGGGCGAGGACGCCGAGCGCGGCCCGUCGCCGGCCGGGCCGAGGGGACCCGCGGCCCCCCGGGGUGCAGCGAAGGCUGCGGGCGGCGAUGGGGACCGGGGCGCCUCCUCCAGCAGCUCCAGUGACAGCGACAGGGAGCGGAGCCGGCCGGCGCUGGUGACGGCCAGGCCCGUGUUCGGGACGAGGAGGGGCAGCCGCGGGCGCGCGCGGGGCCGCAGGAGGAGCGGGAGGACCUGACGCCGGCCCGGCGCGGCCUGGGGCGGGGAAGAAUAAACGCGGCCAGCACAGCCUUCCGCCCGGCGUGUGGGUUUUGAAAGCGCCGAGGCUACCCUGGGCACAUGCUUGUUUCCCACGUGACACUUUUUUCUAGCGUUUUCCGCCUCUCGGGUUAUUUCCUGGUGUCCACAGGCGUCGGCCGCUCGUGUUUCUGUCCCGCCGCGUCAGUGGAAAGGACCUGUCCUCACCCACACCCCUCUGCCCGGCCCCCCAGGAGACCAAAGAGCCUCAUUUUCCACCAGGAACGGUUCUUUGCACCAACCGGAAGUCCUGCCCCCACUUCUCCCCGUUGUCCCCCAGGACCCCCGAGGGGGCAGCCGAACCCCCCGCCCCGCCGCAGCCACAUGCUGGAACAGUGUGUUCUCUGUGGCUGUCGCAGGAUCGUCAGGAAAUGUACAUGGGGGGCAUGGUUCCCCCCUUGAGCGUUAGCUGGGAACCCCUGAGUCUUCACAUUCGACCGUCACCCGCUGCUUCCCGUGUGGGCGCCCAGGGCUGACGACACCUGUGCUGGUGGGUCCCCCUUGGGUGGUCUCCUGAACGUGCUGCUGACACCUGUCUGCACAGUGGCCCAGCUCUGCCUCUAGAUGACUGACACAGCCACCCCCCUUGCUGUGGCCGAGCCCCAAGAACAGUCCUGGGACCGUAUCACCAAUUCCUUAGAGUGCGGGGCUGCCUUCCUUCAGAGGCCCCCUCCCCCAGCCCAUCCUCUCUGGCUUCGGGUGUUUCCACCUUUGCUGAUUCCUCCGCCACUGGCCAGUGACCAGCAGUCUUCGCCAUGGUGAACAAAACCCGGGGAUUCGAGUCCCGCCUCACACUUGCUUCGGGCUCUCGCUUACAUUCACCUUCUGCCCCACUUCCUCAGUACUCGCUGCUCUCCUCGGCUCCUGGCUUGGAAUCUGGCUUGUUUGUACCUGCCUUCUUGAGCAGCUGUCUCCCAAAGCCUCCGGUGACUGUCACAGAAAGCCAGAUCUUCCCUUCGCGCCGCUUUUCUCUGGACAUCCCUGAAGCAGAAUGCUCUUGGAGGAGCGGCCGGAGGAGGCUCACUUCUCCAUGGGGCUCUCAUUGCUGAGAGUGACUUGUAAUCGGGGGCUUUCUGCAGAUGUGUUUAUAGGUGGGAUCACAGUUUGGCCUAAGCCUUUACUGCUUUUGCCUUUAAUAGUUUGCACUUGUCUCAGAGCCUCAUAGCAGGGCUGAUGGCCCAGCUGCUCUAACAAGGCAUUCGUAAUGGCCUAAGGAACAAUCUGGCCAAUGCAAGGCAGGAAGGCAUCUGACGCACGGGGUCAAGCAGGGUCGCAGGCUCAGCGUCUGCCAGGCUGCUGCUAGCUCCUUGCUGGGUCACUACGCACCUGCACCUGCACUUCAACUGCUGGAAGAGCACAGUGCCUAAGUCCAGCACAAGAUGAAUGUCUGACAUGACAUGACAAGAAAAACCGCUCUUCUCCCAGCCUGUGACCUCAACAGGCAUGUCCUAGUAUCGAGCUAUAUGCAAAAUGUACUCUCUUGGCUGUACCCCCUGGGGGGGAGGGCAUGACUAUCCAGGACCUUCCAGAGUUUAUCCCAUCUGAACGGUGUUGACAGAGCGGGCGGACAGUACACAGCAGCCGCCCUCCCUCCCCUGGCUUUUUUUUGUUUUUUUGUUUUUUGUUUUUUGUGUUUUUUUUUUUAACCAGGAAAGAAGCACAUAGAGAUGUUCACUCAUCCGGCUGGGAAAUGUGACCAGAAUCCAAACCUCCUCACGCGGAGUCCAGGGUGCCAUUUGACCUACAUAAUAGGUUGCCUGUUUCAGACAAACAAACCAGCACAUUUACCAUUAUUUCAAGCAAGGUGGCGUACCUGGCUGAGAGCCCCAGGCGUCAUCUACUUCUCUUAUAAAAUUAUCUUUCAGGUCACUUCGCCAGCUUGAUCUAGCUCAUCUGUUGAGUGCUUCGUGUCAUUGGUUGUAUUUCCAGUUCUCGUCUGUCUACUUGACUAUGUUUAUAGAUCCCCACUCUCUGGUGUAAUUCCUGUCAUUUUUGACCAUCUUAACCUGUUAUUGUGGUCUGUGGCAAGCACCCAAUGCCCCCUCAGUUACCGGUGGACUGGUUCCUUGAUCCGAUAAGCAAAUUUGGCCAAAUGCUUGACAUUGUCUAUGGAUGUUGCAGCUUUUCCUUGAGAAAGGAUCCGGGAGGGCACAGCGGGUGGGGGUGGAAUGGCAGCCAUCAGCCUGUGAGCCCGGCUGACAAGUCUCUUCUGGAAGGCUCUCCUCCCAGCUCCCGCCACCUCCUAGAGUGCAGCUUUCCAGGGGUGCCUGCUCCCAGCUGGGUGCUUCUGUCUUCUGAGCUUUGCUCUUCUUUUAGUCACUCUGCGCUUAGAAAAUUAACUGCUGGCUCUAAAUAUCUUACCAAGUAAAUACCUUGAGUGAAAAAUGGGUGCUCAGUGUCAGCCUCAUUUCUCUGUCUCUUCUUUCUGGGAUCUGCAGCCCCAAUUCUGGCUGCCUUGCAGCUCCAACACUACUGUUUUGUCUCCCUUUUAGAGAUUAUUGAAAGCUUUGCUGGCAUUCUUCCAUGUUGUCCUCUUGUUAGGGGAAAAAGGCUGUCCCAAAGCUAAUUCCAUACAGGCUUUGUGGACUCCACCCCCACCCCAGUGUUAGGGGGAAAAGGCUGUCCUAAAGCUAAUUCCAUACAGGCUUUGUGGACUCCACCCCCACCCCAGGCCAAAGCCAAAGACACUGGGAACUCCAAAUCCCAUCACCACCCAAGGGAAGGUGGCUGGGACCUGAGGGUGGGGUUAAGCAGCCAGGUGGAUACAAAAGGCAGACAUGUGGGCUUUGGGGCUCUCUCCAUUUUGGGGCCCUCGGCCAGCUCGCGGCGUCCGUCUAGCUCGGAGAGUGACUUUGGGUUUCCAGGUCGGCAGAUCGGGUAGGACGCAUUAAAGACUUUAUUUCCCUAUU